AUGGAGUUGCCAAUUUAUGCUCCCGGUCUGCCUGCGCGAAAAAUCAGGAUUAUUCUCGUCGCCUUUGGACUUCUUACUCUGGGCUUCUUUCUCCUUUCUGCUCUGGAGUCACAAUUCUCCACUCUAUCCUGGUCUCAGCCGCUGGCAAUAUCGGUCGACGUGCGACCUCACAAAUUACAAACCCACCGUGUGCCUUAUCGACGUCUGGUAUCGACAAAACCAGACAUUACCAUAUCACCUAACUCGAAGGUACUCCUACUGAAAAGUUCUUCUACGUCAAAGGAUUCAUCGACAAUCAGUGCUGCUCUUCAGGCGCAACGAGUUCCCUUCGUAGGUUUGGCACCCGACCGUUUCUAUCUGCUGCCCUCCUUCCUAUCUUCGGCGCCCUCGAUGGGUCAAGUGAACUUGAUAAUUUUUGAACAGUUUCUCCUGUGGACUAAGUUGCUUCCGGAAUAUAAAACAGCUGUUGACAACUACUGUAGAAAAUUUGGCGCGGGCGUAAUCGGAUUUCUACUAGAUGAAGAUCUCAUCAUUCGCCGGCCAAAGUCCUUCAUGCAAGUAAGCAUUUUUGUUUAG